AAAAACCUAAUUUUUUUUUAUCAGCACCUAACUUUUUAAUUGAAAACUUAAAAUAUAAAACAUAAUCUAAAAACUAAAAUAGGAGUAAAAGUUAUUUAUUGGUUCAACCGGAUGGUUCAACCGGUAUCGGGUUCCGGGGUUUAGUGGGGUUUUGCGGGUUUGUACGGGUUUUUUUGGGUUUCUAAAUAUUGGGUUUUUCAUAAAAUCCAAACCGGAUUUUUUCUGGGUCACCGGGUUUACUGGUUCAACCGCGGGUCCGGGUUGGGUUUCAAAACACUGGUCAAAACAAUUCUUUUCAUUGUAAUAUGCAAGUGAAAUCAUGUAAACUUUGUUCACACGUAACUUAUUUUUCUAUCAACGAGAAGAGAAGCUUAUUAUUCAUUUCUACGGUUGCAUCACUCUCCUUUUCUAAUUAUCGAUCUUUCCUUCUGCCAAAGACAAGACCAUCUGGUGACAUCCAGAUUAAAAUUUGAGGGACUAAGAAAAUAUUUAAUGGAAUCAAAUAAAUUUCAUCAAAAGAAAAAAAAUAUUGGACUAAAUUUUUUUGUUAAAAACAAAGAGAUGAAGCAGUCAAUUCUAUCAACUGACUCAACUACAUUUAUGUAAAACUAUCUAUUUUCUUAAUUUUAAUUAAUCAAUCUUGUUUCUUGACUCAAACAAAAUUAACGCCUGAAAGUAAGUGACUCGUUCAAAUAAAGCGUAAGAGUUUGUUACACUAAACAAACCCUUACCUUCCUCCACAAGUCAUAUAACAUCUCGCGUCUCCUUCUUCUCUCCUCCACCUCUACAACACAUUCUUUCCUCUGCUCUAUCGAGACUGCUCCCUCUCUUCAAUGGCAGAUCACAAAGAUCAACGCAUGAUAGAUCCUCUCGAAGGUACACACAUGACAGAUCAAUCCGUAGAAGAAGACUCCAAGAAACAGAAACUCAACGAACAACAAAGAAGAGCGUUUUACGCUGUUCUCCUUGCCUUCAGAGCUGAAACCUUGUCAUCAGGAAACAAGAGGACUCAGAUCAUAGAGAAGCUGAUGAGCGAGUGGAGUAUAGCGCAAGAAACUCUCGUCUCUUUUGAGGAUAACAUUCAGAAGAAUCUUGUUGCUCAUCAAGAAAGGGUUGAUUCUGAGGUGAAGGAACCGAAGAAGCCGCUAACCAUAAGCCAGCCUGUAAAGCAGAACAUUGAUUUGGGCCUUUUUGUAACAAAGUUGCAGGCAAAGAAGCCAACACUGUGUUCGAGCUGGGGCAGAGUUAACCCGGAGGCUCUAGUUGGAAGAAGGGUCUGCGUAAGAAUGCCUGGUGAAGAUGAGUUCGAAGUCUUGGUGAUCAAAGAGUUCAACGCUAAAGAUGGAACGCAUCGUCUGGCGACUGUUGACCCGAACGUGAUGUGGUUGAAUGAAACGUUAAGCUGGAUUGAUGUUAGGAAGGUUCCGGAUGAAGAUAUUAGAUGGAAAAAUGGAGAGAAGCCAGACUUUGAAACUCCUCCAGGAUCUGGUGCAGGACAUUGAUGAGUAUCAGUAAAACUCUCUUAUGCUUUUUGAUUGUUUGAGAUCUUUAGUACUUGGGUCAGUGUAAACAUGAUGAUGUUUCCAGUAGUUUUUCUUUUUGUAAGUGGUUGCUUUAUUGCCAAACACUUGAUUCGUAUGUGAGGAUUGAUGCUUGUUCCCAUUUUUUGUUGAACCAAA